UAUGUCAAUGCAUCUAAGUGGUGGCUUUCGCAGAUGGCUUAGCUUUAACGUUACCCGGGAGCCUUGAAUUUUCUGUUAUGAACAACAGUAAAGUUAUGCAGAUACACGCGAGAUGUAACGUUAGCUAGCUAACAACGUUAGUAAAAAGUAAACAUUCUGGAGUAAAAAUCAUGGAGUCUAGCAUUGACUUUCUGUCUCCUGAGUCGACCGUGACCUCCCUGCUGUCUAGCUCAGGUCACCUGAGGAGCAGCCUUCUGGCUCCUGAACACAACACCACCUUCAGAUACAGAGACAAGAUCUAUGACUCGGCCUCAGCCGCGUUGGACGCCUACAUCACAGACUUUGAGAGGAGUCGUCAGAACAGCGGGUCGUUGACAGGAAGUCUGGUUCUGCCGCGCAGUCCGCCCUCCACGCCGAGCAGACCCAGAGCGAGUACGCUCAGAAAUAAAGAUGUUCUCAGGGAGCGUUUGACCGAGAGGGAGCUGGACUUCUUGAACCUCCCCGUCAGCUCUCUACAUCACCGUGGCAACCGGGACCGACUCUCAAUGACGACUGACGAGCUGCUGUCUAUCCCUUACGAUGGCUCAAUGCCUGUCACUCACACCUCCGCCUUCAUCCAUGGUCUCGUUUCCCAGUCCGGAGCCUCCCAGCCUUUCUCCUCUUCCUUCAGACCCGCACACAGAACCUGGGACAGACCUAGCAGCAGCCACGCUACCCCCCACCUGAACCACCACCACCACCCUCAUCCAACCAGGACGCCCCGGAGCUCUAGGUGCAGAGAAAGACCAGGGGCAGUCAUGUUUAAUCCAGAUGUUGACAUCUCCUCAGUCAGCUACUAUAGGCAGUCCGCACCCAGAGCGGGAAGGUCCGAUUGGGCAGAGCCGUCUUCGUCCUUCCACCUCCCCCGCUGGUUCACCAGUAACAAGAGUGACAUGGACUGUUCUGGAAUCACCAGUGUGCCCGACCUGAAGUACCCAGCCUGGGUCCAAUGCUGUGAUCUCAGCGAGCCGCCACCGGCCUCAGAGUCAGAGCUGUGGGAUGACCACGGCACAACACCCCCUGCACGCCGCCAACACUGCCAAGCUCCCAGAACUCCGUCCUGGGUAGCAGAGCUAGAGGAUGAUGAUCCCGACCACAAACCUAAACAGGUUGACAGCCAGCAGACUCUCAGAGAUCUGAGGCUUCAGUUCGCUGAACAGAUUUCUCUACUGGCUGCAGAGAGAAACAGCUCUGACAUCAUGGAACCACUGUUCAGAGACAACCGGAUCGAGUCUCUAAUCCAGAAGGCGGAUCAGGUGUUGAAUUCUCUGUCUCAGACUUCUGGAGAAGCAGAUCCAGGCAAUCCAGCUGAUUGUAUUGAAGAAGCUGUCAGUCCAGCGAACACCGAGGAGCUGCUCUGUUCUUCCUCACGCUGUCGUCCAUUCACUCGGGACUUUGCAACAGCAGCAGGAGGGGUCAUCACAGAGGCUCUGACUGACAUUAAAGCUCAGGCUCAGGGCUCCGGUCUCCAUAGAAACAGCAUCUUAAAGCAGCCUGGUCCAGUGGAGGCUCUGAAACAGAUGCUGUUCAGACUGCAGGCAGUGGAGGCAGAGGUUCAGCGGAAAACACAGGCAUCGGUAGCUCCAACAUUCUCCAACAAGGACGGGCAGCAGACAGAGAAGACUCCAGAGAAGCAGAGGCCUGAGAGUGAAGCCGAGCUGGAGAAUUUUCCUGGUGGACCGUCACUACAGAGAGCUAUGCACCACCUGAGCCGUCUGAAAGUGCUGGUGGAAGAAAGAGAGAAGAAACACACAGAGAAAGAAGAGGAGAAGGACGAAGAUGAAGGACGCUACUCCUCUUCUUCUGCUGAAGGACUCAACUGUGCUCAGCAGAGCCCCACCUGAAGCUAGAUGCCGGUUUGCCGGAGCAAGGCCCUUCCAGUCAGUGUCUCCGUCGGUCAGUGUUCUCACUGGGCUCUCACUCGCAUCCAGCAGCAACAAACGGCAGAAACGAUGUUUCUGCAUAAAUUCUGCUCUGGAUUAGUAUUUGAGAUGAAAAAGGUGCAAUACACAGUACAGGGACCAAACCACUAACAUUUAGAAAUUCAUCAAAUGUGUGUUGAAGUUGUGUGAACAGUGUGUUACAGUGAAGGAAGCUGGGAAAGUUUGAGCUCAUCCUUUUCCAAGUCUAAACUGUCACUAUAUCCUGAAUCAGAUCAUCUGUAAAAAUGAACAUUCUUGUGCCUCCUCCUGGUGCUUCUAAUGGCAUAAGACCAAACAACCAAUCGGAGCCGAGGAGUCUCUGCAGUAACAGAAUCUUGAUUCCGAUAAAAGAAAUCAUCGCUGUCUAGUUUUACAGUUUGUCUGCAGUUCAUGAGCUGAGUCAUAAGCUAUGUUCGAAACCGCUUCCUCAUUCACUCACUCACUAUUCUCUAUAUAGUGUUUAUUAAAUAGUGAACUAUAGAGGGAACAACCAAACCAGAUUUCGGACACUACACUGAAAACAUCGUAGAUGUGCCCGUUGUGGUGUGAUGGAGGCUGGCGCGCCCAGCACCAUGUAAACGAGCCGAAACCAAAAUACUUCUAAUACAUCCCUGAAACAAACCGAGCGCUCAGAUUAGUAAACUGUUGUAUAUUAUAUACGUUACAUUUUUACUGUUAAGAAAUCCAAGCCCGCUCCAUUUUUCCUAUUCCUCCAGGAAAACACAGAUGCGUUGCAUUGUGGAAUACAGGAGUAAAAUGUAGGGUACAUCGUAUGUACACUCAAAUUAGCAGUGCAUUGUGGGUGAAUGAAAUCAACGCAGAGAAUUGGAACACCGCUACAGAAUGGCGAACACACUAUACAGUAUAGUGCUCUAUUUCCAUAAUGGGGAACAGUUUCCAACACAACUAUUGGCACUCAGUCUUCUCGGCUCUGAUUGGUUGUUUUCCUUACGGGCGCAUUGGAAACAUGCAAAUGCCAUUAGGAAAACUAUGGGGAUUAUUAUUAUUUUCACAGUGAAUCUGUCACAUGUAAUACUGUCAGGAUAUAGUGACAGUUUUCAGCAAAUAUGACAAACUAUCUACUGCACCUUUUUAAAGAAACCCACUGACCUGCAGAGGACUCAGCCUACAUGGGGCGCACGCUCUUACUGGGUGAGCUAGAGGUCGCCCCCACAUUGUUGCUCUUUAAAUACCGGAUGAGUUUGAAGCUCCGCAGUCUCUCAGUGACUACGUUAACAUGCACAUAAUAUUCCGCUUUUUGCCCUUAUUCCGAAAAAGACGAUAUUCUGACUAAGCUGUUUCCUUGGCUAAUGGAAGAGAAUAUUCCAUUAAUGUUCUCGUUUACAUGUAGCCGUGCAAAACACAAUUUUUUCAUCCUAAAGUUUACCAGUGGUGGUGGACUUGUUGGAACGUGUGAAAACAGCGUCCCUCUUUCAUUCCUUCAACCAGCUUCUUGAAAACGUCGGCUUAGCGGUGAUCCAAAAACCUG